UGCACGACCAUCCUCCACACUCACUUGUGCAGUCAGGUCCAGCUCCGAAAUACCACAAACACCCCCCAAUCCAGCCGAGAGGCCGACCUCCAUGGGCGAGCAAUCCCUCUCCCAGCCCAAGCCCCAGCCUCUCUCCCCAUCCCCUCCCGCCUCCGCCGCGUCGCCGCCGCCCACUGCGGCCGCCGCCGCCUCCACGUCCCGCGCGAACGCCGCCGCCUUGCGCCCCAAGAAGGCCCACCCCUCCUCCGACCCCUCCGGCUCCAACCCGCCCAAGAAGCCCCGCCUGGCGCUGUCGCUCCCGGGCCGCCCCCUGUCCGCCGACGGCGAGGUGGCCGCGGCCAUCCGCCACCUGCGCGCGGCCGACCCCGCCCUCGUCGCUGUCAUCGACGCGCACGAGCCCCCCGCGUUCCAGUGCCCGCACCGCCCGUUCCACUCCCUCGUCCGAUCCAUCCUCUACCAGCAGCUCGCCUUCAAGGCCGCUGCCUCAGUCUACUCCCGCUUCCUCGCGCUCCUCGGCGGCGAGGCCAGCGUGGUCCCCGACGCCGUCCUCGCGCUCACCCCGCACCAGCUCCGCCAGAUCGGGGUCUCCCCGCGCAAGGCGUCCUACCUCCACGACCUCUCCCGCAAGUAUGUCUCCGGGAUCCUGUCGGAUGCCACCAUCGUCAACAUGGACGACCGGUCCCUCGCCGCUAUGCUCACCAUGGUCAAGGGCAUCGGCGCCUGGAGCGUCCACAUGUUCAUGAUCUUCUCCCUUGCGCGCCCCGAUGUGCUCCCCUCUGCCGAUCUCGGUGUGCGGAAGGGCGUGCAGAUGCUCUACGGACUCGAGGACGUACCCCGGCCGUCGCAGAUGGAGAAGCUGUGCGAGCGGUGGCGCCCGUUCCGCUCCGUCGGGGCAUGGUACAUGUGGCGCCUCAUUGAGUCCAAGGCGCCGCAGCCGGCGCCGGCCAUCCCUGUGGGACCACUUGCACUCCCGGCGCCUGAUGGGCAGCUUAUGCUACAGCAGCAUCAGCAUCAACAGCAGCAGCAACAGAAUGUCAUCCAAAUUAUUGAUCCCCUUCAGAUGCUUCCAGGGAUGGGGUGAAUCCGGUAUCACUUCUGCUCAUUAGUUAAUUGAUCUUAGGUGGAUGGUUACACCAUGAAUCCGUUGGUUGAUUUACACAAUAUUGUUCUGUAUCGGCAAAGAAGGCAGGAGGGUAGCCUUGGAAAUGAGUAUUCUGCUUCGAACUAUCUAAAUUAUCAAUUUGGUCUGUAUCGUUUAUCUGUGUUAAGAGUUUGUGAAGAUCGUGCUUAGUUGUUCUUUACAUUGUAAAAUUCGUUGGUACUAUUUAAGAACCCCGUGGAGUUGUGCCAUC